AGUCCAUGUAGUCAUCCACUCGAGCUUGGCCCAUCGACCACGUUUCCGUCCGCAGCGCUGUAAACACAUUUUCUCUUUCCGUUUAUAACCCUAAUCAUGGCGGUAGGGAAAAACAAGGGUCUGUCGAAAGGAGGCAAGAAAGGAGUAAAGAAGAAGAUUGUUGACCCUUUCACUCGUAAGGAUUGGUACGAUGUCAAGGCACCAUCAAUGUUCACCACCCGCCAAGUGGGUAAGACCCUUGUGAACAGAACUCAGGGAACAAAAAUUGCCUCCGAGGGUCUCAAAUUCCGUGUGUUCGAAGUAUCUUUGGCUGAUCUUCAGAGCGAUAAUGAUGCAGAAAGAUCAUUCCGCAAAUUUAGACUCAUCGCCGAAGAUGUACAAGGCCGUAAUGUUUUGACCAACUUCCAUGGAAUGGACUUGACUACCGACAAGCUACGCUCAAUGGUCAAAAAAUGGCAAACCCUUAUUGAGGCUAAUGUAGAUGUUAAAACAACUGAUGGAUACCUCCUCAGAAUAUUCUGUAUUGGAUUUACCAACAAAGACCAGAUGAGUGGAAGAAAGACCUGCUACGCCCAACAUGCCCAGGUUCGCAACAUCCGGAAGAAGAUGGUUGAAAUCAUCACAAGUGACAUUACAUCCAGCGACCUCAAGGGGGUCGUCAGCAAGCUAUUGCCCGACGCUAUUGCUAAAGACAUUGAAAAAGCUUGUCAAGGAAUUUACCCACUUCACGACGUUUAUAUUCGCAAGGUUAAGGUACUGAAGAAGCCGCGUUUUGAACUAAGCAAACUUCUCGAGCUCCACGGUGAUGGAGGUGGCGGCAAGAGCGGAGAAGGUGGUGAAGGUGGCUCAAAGGUCGACAGGCCCGAAGGCUACGAACCACCUGUUCAGGAGUCCGUUUAAAACAAACUGUACUUCUAUCAUCCCUUAUAAAAAUAAAAACCACUCAUCAGUGU